CAGAACCGGCGUUGCGCAUUACCACGUCCAGCUCCAGUCCUCCCAUGGAGUCAUCCAGCCCCAACCUUCCAUUGCAACGUUCCCGUUCCAAUCGACAUUCACACUGGCAGAAACUUGGAGUCAAAGUCGUGUGCCCUUUGAAAACCCUGGAAUCUAGGCUAGACCUUCUGGAACGCAAAUCACGGGAUUCUGAGGUUGAAAUGUCGUGGCAAGUGGUGAUACAGCAAGCAGCGGAUGCCAAAUGCAAGUCGACGGCGGAUAACUUGAAGUUACCGCCCUCCUUUUAGUAUUUACUCUUUCUGCGCGCUCUCGUUCUCAGCUCAUACCGUGUCGCAAUGAUGAUGAAGCCUUUUCGGGGCUCCAAAACACGAUAGAAAUAACAGAGGAUCCGAGUCAUUUUCAAGGUUUUUCGGUGAUGGUGCUUGAACACAUUACUUAGUUCUUCCUCAGUUCGAGGGUGAGCUCCCUGGUGUAGGUAGUUACACCAUAGAGGUGGACAAGAACGCCAAAAUGACAAGAACUUCAAUGUAUAAGUGCUUCUCGCCUUCGUGGGGGUGGAAUUCGAUCAAGGCUUGUAAACGAUCGCGUUAGCGAUCAUCCCAAGGCAAUUUGGAAACCGAGUGCGGAUGUUCACGACGCCUGGAAUGUUACUUAUUCAUGGACCGAUAGACUGGGCGGAUCGCUGGGCUGCAAUGGGCGGAUUUAUACAUCUUUCCAGGAGCAUGAGAGCUGGUAAUAUCACCGCUCAAAUCCCCCCGGAGUGUUGUUAGGCUGUUCAAGUUCCCAUGGUCAACAACAAGCACAGGCAAUCGAUGAACAUGCACAGGGACGUUUCUUUGAAGGCGCAUCCCAUAUGCAACUCUAUGGGGGUCAAUCAUUCACGAAUGCAAAUCAAAUCAUCAACUACAACUAUCCAACAUCCACAGAACCUGAACCACACGACGACCGAUGGCUUACUUUGCAUGGCGGACAAAGGCUCAGACAUAUAGACAUGUGCGAUAUCAACAUGUUGCGCGAAGUGUCGUCAGAGACACUUUCUGUUUCGUUCAAACUGAAGUCCACGAACCCGUUUCGAAAUAGGAUGGGGAGUGUUGUGAAGAUUCAGAAAAGGACGCAAAGCGCGGAAAUUGUUCCUGGGUUUGGAGAUCGACGAUUUACGGUUGUUUCACUUGAACCUGAGAAUGAGCGAGACGUCGAGAGGAUACAGAGGGUACUGAAGCGGGCUUACGAAAUUGCACUGUCUCGACGUCGAGUAUGGCUUACACAACUCUUUGGAGUGGGUAGGUCGAUGAUACCAACGCUGAUAUACCAUGACGAUGUCGUCGAUGGGGAGACCAUCAUAAGACAAUAUGUGGAAGUACCGAUUGUAAUCUUUUACCUGACCUACAUAUAUGCCAAUUCUCUUUUCGACGUACAUGCAGAUGGGACUCUGCAGAAGUUGUCAAUCCCACUUUCGACCCAAUUUCGCGACUGGAUGUUCAAUUCGAGAACUCAAUCAUUCCGGUAUGACAUCAUAACCACGGCACUCACCGAAGACAAUUCCCAACCGCGCUACUUUGAUCGGCCCAUCCCACUUCCACGUGGCUGCAAUCCACCGCUUAAUUCCAACGAGAUAAUUCGCGCUCUUCCGGACUUUAUCCGGCUGAUUUCAAAGCUUGGGGAGCAAUUCAAUGUUGAACGUUCAAAUGCCUUUAUCCACCGCGACGUUCUAACAUUUGGCACUGUCGUCAAUCUCACAAAACCAGGAAUCCUCGCAUACUUUCCUUCUACCUCGUCUCCGGUGUGGUCCUGCAAUCUCCCUAUCGGUACUCCCGACAUUGUUCCCAAGUAUUCAAAAUCAGUUCCCUCACUUGUUGAACUCACAUUCACGACGAAGAACGACAUAUGGCAGAUGGAUAUUCAGUUCUCAUUACGACUACCGGAUGAGGUCUGUCAGCGGCUCCGGAACUCUUACCUCGUGCAGUCAUUCCCUUUCUACAACGACAAUGCUGUUGAUUUUAACAAUUUGGUAUUCAUCGACGAGUUUAGUUUCCUGCUCAAUGGGACCUUUACGUCUGAUCCGUCAAGUUGUGAUCCGCCGCAAUAUCUACAUGUCCCGCCUCUUUCGACCGAACGGAUCGACGACAUGCCCUCCCUUCACCCGCCAUUAAAAAACCGAUUAUUUUACUGGUCAUUCGACCGUAGUGGAAAGACGCAGAUUGCAGAGGAGGAUUGGGAGCGGUAUGGAAUUCCAAAGUUGAAAGUAGAGAUGUAUAUUGGGUCGCGCUGGUGGUGGCUUUCAUAUGGGGCAGUUCGGGAUUAUUUGCGCUUUAAUGACUAUGACCUGGGUGGUCAACAGUUUGCCAAUGAUCAUGGGUAUCCGAUUCUAGUCAAAGGUGAGCCUCACAUCCAGCUGAGAUCAGGAAUGGUAUCAUGGCUAGGAGAGAAUGUGUUCAAGCCAUUUGGAGGUUCGUCCAGAAAGAUAGUUGUACAUCACCGAGUUGACCGGGCAACCCCAGCAAGCGCAAACCCUGGAUAA